ACCCAAAGUUGCAACAUGAAUUGCAACAUGGACGAAAGCUGUUGGAAAUUAAGCAGGUUUUGUCACAGAACUGCCACGUCUGGCAAUAACGUACAUUCCAGUUAUAUGGUUGUCAUGGACUGUAUAAAAAAAAGUCAGCUGGGCUGAUCCAGCAGAGAUGAUCAAUUUGUUGGACACAAUGGAGUCUGGCUGGUUUUCAACAAAUAAAACUGUCCUUUUCCUGCUUUCUGUUCUGUGUGCAGCUGGGAAGGAGGCCUGGGCUCAGGGAGCCAUCUUCAAGUCACGACUCUGGGAUGUAAACCAGAAAUCCCUCUACCUUCAGAACAAUGAAUUAAUAGCUGGAUACUUGCAAGCCCCCAACUCUGCACUGGAAGAAAAGAUUUUUUGGGUCCAUAACCGGGCCUUUGGCCAAGAGAACUUCCCCGUCAUUCUGAGCAUUCAGGGUGGGAAGAGCUGCCUGGCCUGCUCUCCUGGGUCCCCGCCUGAGCUGCAGUUGGAGAGCAUCAACAUCACAGACCUGUGCAAAGAUAAAGAAGCCUCCACACGCUUCACCUUCUUUGUGGCUAAUAAAGAUGGAAUAUGGCGUUUUGAAUCAGCUGCCAACCCAGGCUGGUUCCUCUGCACGUCUUCCAAAGCCAAUGAACCCCUUGGGCUGAUAAAGAAUCCAGGAUCUUCUCAUCUGGUGGACUUUUAUUUUCAGCCUGAAUCUUAGCUGGCCCCCCCACCUCCCUUCACGGGACAAAGCCCACUCCUGAAGUCCAGAGUCUAACAGCUACUACUUUCUCUAAGCAUUUCUUGCAGGGGGGGGUCACUUUUCAGAAGAGAUGCAGCGUUUCUAGAGUUGGCUGAUAUUCACAGCUCACUUUCUGGAUUCAGAAAUGCAGGUUUUGCAGCUAGCAGCCACAAAGUUACCUGCAGAACUCGAAAGCUACGAGUGCAAAAUAUGCCAGAAAUUUAAAUACAUUUAAAGUAACUGUAUUGACAACAUUUAAUUCUAAUUAUUUCAAAAUAUGCAUUAAAUAAAAAACUCAUUUUGUCUUAGCUCCACAUAGUUUUGGAGUGUGAAUCCCCAACAUGUUAUUCAGAAGUCUGCUGCAGCCUGUGACAUAUCCUCAUCCUGUCAAAUUGGGAGGGGAGGUGGCGGGGAGGAAGAGGAGAGAGUUAAGGCUGCGACAGCAGAGGGAGGCAGCAAAGGAAUCCUUUUCUAACUCCUCACCUUAAGAUCCAACUGUACCUCCAUCUCUGCUGAUACCCUUAAAUGCCAGCUCUGCCUAUGAUAAAUCUGUCUUCAUCCAUGAUUCGAACUGGGAUGAGAGACCUGGCAUGCCUCACCAAAACUUGGAUAGGUGAACAGUGAUGAGUGAGCUUCAGAGACUGCAUCAGCACAGACCUAAGGUAGAGAUGGACACUCUGCAGGUGACCAAGAGUACUAUUUGUGAGGGCGUUUAACAGAUAUUGCAACUGCUGCACAGCUUCACUCCCAUCUGUCCUGCUGGUGUUGGUGUUCCUUAGUCUUUUGAUUGUGGUGGAUUGUGCUUUCUGGGGAGGGAAGGAACUGGAUUAUUCCUAAGUGGCCUCUCUCUAGUCAGCAAUUUACAGGAAUUCCUUGGCUUAUUGAUCACGCUACCCCAGAAAGUAGCAGCUCAGAUUGAUAUAUUAACUGAUUUCAAGAUUUAGUUUUCUAAUACUAUGGUUCUCUGGAAUUGAAGUGCCAUGUAAGUUAUAGAUGUAGAUAGGUGGAUAGAAGGGGGGGGGGGAGGAAAAGAAUUGAAGGUGUUCACAGUGGCACCAAUCCUAAUUAUGCCAUUGCAGCUCUCUUCCUCCCUCCUUCCCUCCCUCCAGUCUCUUGACAGUGGCUAAGCACAUUCAGAAAAUGACAAUUUUCUAGGUAAACCUCUAGCUAUGUGCCAGUGGUAUGUAGGUGUAAUUAAACCUGGGGAGCAAAAGAUCAAGCCAGUUGGAUUGCCCAAAUGCAUUGAUAUUUCCAUUGCUCUACAUAAUUCAGGCUUUGGGAUUAUUUUUGGCAUCUUAUCAGGUGCUUCCAAACAAGGCUUGUAGUUUUUCCAUGCAGUCCUCCUUCCUCAUACAUGCAGUUUUUCAGAAAGCCCAACCAGCAUAUUCCUCUUGAUUUCUGCUUUGUCCAUAAAAAAUAGAGAACUGUGGCAUGAUGCAGCUGGACCAUCGGAUCUGUUCCGUUUUCUUGACCUGUGAUGCUUGUGACUUCCUCUAAUGCUUUGAAGGGACAUUUUCAGCCACUGCCUAGCAUCUUCCUUGUUUGAGUAUUUGCAACGUUUUUAGCAAGACAAUAAACAUAUUUCCAAUAAACCUGUACAUCCUGAUUUUUUCUGAUUAAUUUCCCAACUCAUAUAGAUAUCUUUUUCUUUCUAAUCAGCUCCACACUAACAUUCUGAUAUUUUUGACUGCAUUCUUUCAGAGCUAAGUGACAAAAUUAAUUGUAUCCUCAAAUGCCUCUCUUUGGACAUUGGUAAACAUUGGUUGCAAGUGUUGUUCCUUCAAAAGGAGAAAACAGUAUUUGAAAUAAAUAUGUUUUAUAUCAACUGUGCUUUCCUGCCUUUAAAAUACAAUAGGUAACACUACAGUAAUCUCAGAAUAUUCCACACUGUUUUUUUUCCUUUGUCAUAAUUUAAAAUUAUCCAAUCUAUAGUCUGAAUGAAAACAAACUAACCCAGCGGUCCCCAACUUUUCUGGCUCCACAGAAUGGCAACGGUGGCAACUGCAGGGGAGGGGAUGGUUUCUCACAUGCAACUUAAUCCCACACAUGCGCAAAUGAAGCUUCACACACUCACACACCACUUGCUUGGACCAGUUCCCAACAGGCUGUGGACCAAUACUGGUCCAUGGACCAGGGGUUGGGAACUCCUGAUCUAGACAACCAUUUCUUCUUCUAGAGCAGAAGCCCUAGUCUUAAGAGGCCUUUGGUCAUCCCAGCUGAUCCAGACAAUUUUCACCCAGUCUCCAACCACCUCUUUUUAGGGAAUGACAUAGAGUGAUUGGUAGCCUGGCAGUUGCAGAGGACCUUGCAUGAAGUGGAUAAUCUAGACUCCUCCCAGUCAGGGUUCAGCCUGGGGUUUGGAACCAAAAUGGCAUGGAUGACGUUUUUAGAUGACUUCUGGCAGAAGCAGAUGGGGACAGUGUAUCAAUCCUUACUCUUCUUGACCUCUCAGUGGUGUUUGAUACCACUGCUCACGCUAUCCUUCUGAUUUGGUUCCAGGAAUUGGGGAUAGGCAGCACGGUGCUGUCCUGGUUUUCCUCUUUCCUCUGGACCAAUGUCAGUUGGUGUUGGUGAAAGGGAAGAGAUCCAGCCAUGGUCCCUAUUAUGUGGGGUGCCUCAGAGUUUAGUUGCCUCUCUUCUCCUAUUUUAUAUCUACAUGAAGCCUUAGGUGAGCUGAUCUGAUAGUUUGGAAUGAGGUUCUAUCAAUAUGUGCAGUAUCUACAUUUCAUGCCUGCUGAUUGAAGCCAUAGAUGUCCUGUCCAGUGUCUGGAGAAUAUAGGAGCCUGAAUGGGGCACAAAGAGAGGAGAGGGGAGGGGAGGGGAGGAGAGGCAAACAAAUUCUUACUAAUAGAGAAGAAAUGAUAGAGGGGUUUGAAGUUGUGGAAACUUUAGAAAAGAGUGACCCUGUCAUAUUGGAAUUCAAUAUAUUGUAGACACAAGCAACAGAAUAUAAUCAAGCCAGUGUCUUAGACUUUAAAAGAGCUGAUUUCAACGAAGUCAAGAGAGCUUGAGAAGGAUUCCAUGGUUGAAAACCUUAAAGGAGAAAACUACUCAAGAAGCUUAGAAAACUAAAAAAUAUGCCCAGUCCAACACAACACCACUGAAAAAGAAAAAUAAGAAAUACAAGAAUACACCAAAAGGAUAAGUAUAAAAAAAAUGAAAAGAGGGGCAUGUAACUAAGGCAGAAUACCAGCAGAUAGCCCAAAGAUGAAGUCGGGAAAACUAAGGCUCAGAAUGAACUAAGACUUGCAACAAAUGUCAAAAAUAAUUUAAAAAUGUUUCUUUCAUUAUAUAAAAACAAGAAUAAAAUCAAGGAAACAAUUGGUCCACUAAUGGGAGAAGAAGGCAAGGAAGUGACGGACAGUAGGGAGAAAGCAGAACAGCUUAAUUCUUUUUUUGCAUCUGUCUACACACAAAAAGAAAAAAUAGCCCAACAAGAACUGUAAAACACAGACUAGGAAUACAAAUUAAAAUAGGCAAAAAAUGGUAAGAGAACAUUUGUCCACUCUAAAUGAGUUCAAAUCACCAGGACCAGAUGGAUUACAUCCCAGAGUUUUGAAGGAGCUGGCAGACAUGAUCUCAGAACCACUGAAUCCUAUCUUUCAAAGAGCCUGGAGAGCAAGAAAAAGCACUGAUAUGGUUCCCAACUUCAAAAAAGGGAAAAUAAACAAAUUCAGGAAACUACAGACUACUGACAUCAAUACCUGGGAAGAUCCUGGAAAAUAUAAUAAGCAACAGAUCUGCGAACACGUAGAAGCGAGCAAAGUUAUAACCAGAAGCCAACAUGAAACAGAUCAUGCCAAACAAAUCUUAUUUCAUUCUUUGACAAAGUGACUAAAUUAGUGGACCAGCGAAAUCUUGUGGACAUAGUAUAUAUACAUGGAUUUUGGUAAGGUAUUUGACAAAGUCGACCACAACCUAGUUCUUGGUAAGCUAGAAAAAUGUGGGAUAGACAGCAUCACCAGAUGGAUUUAUAACUGGCUGGCAAACAGCACUCAGCACUACCUUACCAAAAUCCAAGUAGUCAUUAAUGGAACUACAUCUACAUAGGGAAAUACAUUGUGGGGUACCCCAAGGUUCUGACAUAGGCCCAGCACUCUUCAAUAUCUUC